AAGACCGAUUUUUGUUCUUGUUGAUUAUGGAACGGUCAACGGAUUCCGCCGAUGAAAAGGACGAAACGAACACGGUUCGGGUUGAGAUUGAAUAUUGCAAUGUUUGCAACUCAAAGCCGCAGUGCCUCGAGCUGAGCCGCGUGAUUGCUGAAAGCGUGCCCGACGCGCAAGUAACCUGCCGAACCGGACGGCGAGGAUCGUUCGAAGUGCAAAUCAACGAUACGCUUGUGCAUUCCAAGCUAGCUUCGUUGGCGUUUCCUGAGUAUGCCGAAGUUGUGCAACAGGUUCGGGCUGCUAAAGUUGGACAACCGCUACAAAGGGUUAAAGAGCAACCUAUUACAGACUGUGUAGUGCAGUAACAUACUAACGAUCAACUUAACUAGAAACGGUGGAAGCUCCAGUGAGGUAUAUUUUUUAACGUAGUUUGCUAGUAAAGAGUGUUAUUCAAUUGUC